UCUCUCUCUCUCUCUCUCAAUAUCCUCCAUUAAAAUAGCUUUGCUUUAUGAACCAGCUCCAAUCAGGUAACAAAACCUGUCCCUUUCAAGUGUCUCUCUCUCUCUCUCCCAAUAUUUUGUGGCCCAUCUCCUCCUAUAUAACCCCUCUUUCUCCAUUCUCAUGAAUAUAUUAUUUUUAGCUUUUCCACAACUCAUACAACAAUUGAACACUCCUGCAUUAUAGUACUUUAAAGAGUGUCUCCUAAUGGAGUAUGCCAAUAACCAUAAGUUUGAGCUCAUUGUGAAGCAAGGAGAGCAAACUCUGGUGAGUCCUGCAGAGGAAACACAGAAGGGUCUGUACCUGCUAUCAAACCUUGACCAGAACAUCGCGGUGAUCGUUCGUACCAUCUACUGCUUUAAAGCAGAGGAGAAGGGCAAUGAGAGAGCUGUGGAGGUGAUCAAGGAUGCCUUGUCCAAGGUUCUUGUUCACUACUUCCCGCUUGCUGGGCGGCUGACAAUCAGCUCCCAGGGGAAGCUGAUUGUGGAUUGUACCGGGGAAGGUGCUGUUUUUGUCGAGGCAGAAGCCAACUGCACCAUCAAAGAGAUUGGUGACAAUACAAAGCCUGAUCCUGUGACUCUUGGCAAGCUGGUUUACGACAUUCCUGGCGCCAAAAACAUACUGGAGAUACCUCCUCUGGCGGCUCAGGUGACAAAGUUCAAAUGUGGAGGAUUUGUUCUUGGGCUGUGCAUGAACCAUUGUAUGUUUGAUGGACUUGGUGCCAUGGAAUUUGUGAACUCUUGGGGUGAAACUGCCAGAGGCUUGCCUCUAUCAGUUCCUCCAUUUCUAGACAGAACCAUUCUCAAAGCCAGAAACCCCCCUAAGAUAGAAAACCCCCACCACGAAUUCGCGGAAAUUGAUGACAUAUCAAACACUAGCAAUCUCUAUGAAGAAGAAAUACACUACAGGUCAUUCUGUUUUGACCCCGAGAAGCUUGAACAGCUCAAGGCGAAAGCCAUGGAAGACCGCGUCCUACACAAAUGCACCACAUUUGAAGCCCUCUCAGCAUUUGUGUGGAGGGCGCGAACUCAGGCCUUAAGGAUGAAGCCUGACCAAGAGACAAAGCUCCUCUUUGCUGUCGAUGGGCGUUCCAGAUUUGAGCCACCUAUACCGGAGGGGUACUUUGGGAAUGGGAUUGUGUUGACAAACUCACUUUGCAGUGCAGGUGAGCUAGUGCACAAUCCAUUGUCAUUCGCAGUGAGGCUAGUUCAGGAGGCGGUUAAUAUGGUUACAGACAGUUAUAUGAGGUCAGCCAUAGACUAUUUUGAGGUAACAAGAGCUAGGCCUUCUCUGGCUGCCACUCUUCUGAUCACUACCUGGUCUAGGCUAUCUUUCCACACUACAGACUUCGGGUGGGGUGAGCCUCUACUGUCCGGUCCUGUGGCUUUGCCGGAGAAGGAAGUCAUUCUGUUCCUGUCUCAUGGAAAAGAGAGGAAAAGCAUCAAUGUGCUCCUUGGUUUGCCAGCUUCUUCCAUGAAGAUGUUUCAAGAAUUUAUGCAGAUCAUGUAGAAGAAUAGUUCAUGAACAUUGGUGAUUAAUUAUGUGUUGUUUAUUCAUUAUUACAAAUUUUAAUUGAUUUUGUAUCCAGAAAGCAUUGCAAUUCUUGUCCCUUGCUUGUUAAUUAUCUUUUUAUUUUCAUGGCA